GGCCCGCGGCGCCGCGCCGGAGGAGGAAGUGGUGCGGUUGUUGCUCCCUCUGCGCCCGCCGCUGGCUCCCGGGGCGCGGAGUGGGGCCACAGUUGCCGCCGCUGCGUCGAGCUCCCCAGGUGUUACCCUCCAUGUGCCCGGGCUCCGUCGCUCCCCUUCCUCAGGCCGCCGCUUACCCCGGGGUCUAUGGAAGUAAUGGAAGGACCCCUCAACCUGGCUCAUCAACAGAGCAGACGAGCAGAUCGUUUAGUAGCUGCAGGGAAAUACGAAGAGGCUAUUUCUUGUCACAAAAAGGCUGCAGCGUAUCUUUCUGAAGCUAUGAAGCUGACACAGUCUGAGCAGGCUCAUUUAUCACUGGAACUGCAAAGGGAUAGUCACAUGAAACAGCUUCUCCUCAUCCAGGAGAGAUGGAAGAGGGCAAAGCGGGAGGAAAGAUUGAAAGCCCAGCAGAGCACAGACAAGGAUGCCGCUGCCCAGCUACAGGCAUCUCACAGACCCUCUGCUGAGGACGCAGACAGCCAGAGCCCCCUACUCUCUCAGAAUUAUAGCGCUUCCACAGAGAAACACUUGCCUGAAAUUCAGGGGGUCUUUGACAGGGAUCCAGACACACUACUAUUUUUACUUCAGCAGAAGAGCGAGCCAACAGAGCUGUGCAUUGGAAGCAAAGCCCCAAAAGAUGAUAAAACAAUUAUAGAGGAGCAGGCAACCAAAAUUGCAGAUUUGAAGAGGCAUGUGGAAUUCCUUGUGGCUGAGAAUGAAAGAUUAAGGAGAGAAAAUAAACAGCUAAAGGCUGAAAAGGCCAGACUUCUAAAAGGCCCGAUAGAAAAGGAGCUUGAUGUAGAUGCUGAUUUUGUAGAAAAGUCAGAGUUAUGGAGCUUGCCACCACAUGCAGAAACUGCUACAGCCUCUUCAACCUGGCAGAGGUUUGCAUCAAAUACUGGGAAAGCCAAGGAUAUUCCAAUACCCAAUCUUCCUCCCUUGGAUUUUCCAUCUCCAGAACUUCCCCUCAUGGAACUCUCUGAAGAUAUUCUGAAAGGACUUAUGAAUAAUUAAAAUGGAAGGCCAUAGAAGAGGUGAAAAAGAGGAAAUAAUACGGUAAUACAGUUAAUCCAGCAAAAAAAAAAAAAAAAAGGGAAAA